AAGUCGACUUCGUCCAAUCUUUAAGACUGACGACGACAACGUCAACAGCUACUGGACAACACAACAACUAAACCAUAUCAAUCACAAUAUCGAAGGUUUUGGUUUAGUUUCGCUUUUUGUUCUUUUUUUCGGGGUUUACAAGGGACCAGUUGUUAUAGAGGAAUAUCAGUUGUAUGGAAUACCGUGAAUGGUGAACAAGUUAAUCGUGCUAAAAAAAAUCCGUCCGUUAUAAUUAUUUGAAAUUAUUUAAAUCCUGUGAUAAAUACUUUAUUAAAAAACAAACAAAGCAAACAAAUUUUACAACAUGUCGAACGAUAACAGCGUAGAAGCGUUUAAUAUACGCAUUGGUUAUUAUCGCCCUGAAACUAUGGAAAUUGCCAAAAAUGAAUUGCGUGAAACUCCCGAAGUUAAAGAGGCAGCCAUUAAAGAAUUGCGUGAAUUAUUACAUUCCUGUCCCGAUAUUCACUACAGAGACGAUGAUGAUUUCUUGGUUAUUUUCCUGAGAGCCUGUCACUUCUAUCCCCAAAGUGCAUUUGAAAAGAUGAAAACCACCGCUGCUUUCCGUAAAGAGAAUGCCGCUCUUUUGCAUGGUUUAGUAAUCGAACAAGUUAAAGACAAAUUCGUUAAUUUUGGUGUUAUAAACGUUUUGAAAAAUUGUGAUCAAUUGGGACGUCGUGUCUUAAUUGUUAACUGUGGCCAAUUGUGGGAUCCCAAUGAUGUGCCCUCCGAUGAUGUUUUCCGUAUGUUGUAUAUGGUACAUAUUGCUGCUCAAUUGGAGGAGGAAACUCAGAUCCGUGGUGUUGUUUGUAUUAUGGACUUUGAUGGUCUUGCGAUGAAACAAGUUAAAGCCUUGUCACCCAGCUUCUCGAAACGUUUAUUGACUUUCAUCCAAGAUGCCAUGCCCCUGCGUAUGAAGGAAGUUCAUUUUGUUAAGCAACCUUUUAUCUUCAAAAUGGUUUGGUCUCUCUUCAAACCAUUCGUUCGUGAGAAAUUGAACAAGAGAAUGCACUUCCAUGGCAGUGAUAUGAAAUCUUUGCACAAAUUUUUGUCGCCCGAAGUUUUGCCUGAAAAUUACAAGGGUAAUUUGCCCAAAAUUGAUUAUGGCGGCAAGGACUGGUUACCAGCUGUUGAAAAACAUACAGACUUUGUUAAAGAAUGGUCUGAAUUUGGUCCCGCCAAGUGGUAAAUUCCUUAAAGUAAAUUUCUUAGUGUAAAUGUAAGAACAUUCCUUAGACAUGUAUAAACAAAUUGUAGAAUAAAGUUAAAACAAAUUUAAAAAAGUAAAUAAAUACAAAGUGUUUAUAAAUA